AUGGAGAUUGUUAAUGGUGUUAUCCCCACGAGCGAUACGGCUGUUGAUUCCAACGCACUGGUCCAGACAUGGAAGCACUCCGACUAUAUAUGUCGGAACUAUGUGCUUAAUGGUUUGACUGGACCGCUGUAUGAUUUGUACAGUUCGAAGGUUACAUCUAAGGACUUAUGGGAAUUACUUGACCGUAAGUAUAAAACCGAAGAUGCCGGUGCCAAGAAGUGGAUUGUUGGACGCUUUCUUGACUACAAGAUGGUGGAUUCCAAGACUGUUGACAGUCAGGUGCAAGAAUUACAGCUGAUUAUUCAUGAGAUGCAUGCCGAGCGGAUGGGUCUUAUGGAAUCUUUCCAAGUUGCCGCUGUAAUAGAAAAAUUGCCUCCUAGAUGGAAAGAUUUCCAGAACUACCUUAAGCAUAAGCGAAAGGAGAUGACUAUGGAGGAUCUAAUUGUUAGACUUCGCAUUGAAGAAAAUAACAGAGGAUCCGGAAAGAAGACUAUUGCCGCUGAAAAGGCAAAUAUGGUGGAGCAUGCACAAAGCUUCAAGUCUAAGAAGACCAGUUCCAGGAAGGGGGCUAAACUGGCACCCAAAGGAGGAGUUUCGAAGCCUUCGAAGUUCCAAAGAAAAUGCUUAAACUGUGAUAAAGUUGGUCAUAGGUCUGCUGACUGUAGGAAGCCUAAGAAGACAAACAAGAAGAAAGAAGCAAACAUGGUUGAUGACAUCUCCAAGAAGAUAGGAGCAUCUAGGCAUAUUUGCUCCGACAAGGAGACUUUCUCUAGCCUUAUAGCUUCUGAUGCUGGUGAGAAGCUCUACAUGGGAAACUCUGCGACUUCUACUAUUGAAGGGGAAGGCACGGUGAUUCUGAAGAUGACCUCUGGGAAGAAUCUGACUUUGAAGAAUUUACUUAAUGUGCCUGAUAUUCGCAAUAACCUUGUGUCCGGUUCUUUGUUGAGUAAACAUGGCUUUCGCAUUGUAAUAGAGUCAGAUAAAGUUAUUUCGUCUAAGAGUGGUAUGUUUGUAGGUAAGGGCUAUGCAACUGAUGGGCUGUUUAAGCUCAAUGUAAUGUCCGUUAAGGACAAUAAUGAAAUGAAGAUUAUAGAAAUGUACAAUCUUAGAGAUUUUACAAAUAUUUUUAAACUCCAAACAUAA